AACGGAAGAGGAGGCCGUGGUGAGGUUACUUAAAGGCGCGGUGACCCGACGCGAGCAAGCCUCCAAAACGCGCACGCGAAUCGCGAACGCCUAGCUCCGGCUCAGCCGUUUCGCGUGGGAGUCGUUUCGAAAAGUUGUUUCGCAGCUCGCGAGCGGUGGGGGAGGAGAGGAGGAAGACCAGGCCAGGCGAUGGCGGCGGCGGUGGCGAGCAUCGGGAUCAUGGACGGCGCCUACUUCGUCGGGAGGGGCGAGAUCCUGCACUGGAUCAAUGCCACCCUCCAGCUCUCCCUCGCCAAGGUCGAGGAGGCGGCGUCUGGGGCCGUGCAGUGCCAGCUGAUGGAUAUGGUUCACCCUGGAGUGGUGCCGAUGCAUAAGGUUAAUUUUGAUGCGAAGACAGAGUAUGAUAUGAUCCAGAACUACAAGGUUCUUCAGGAUGUGUUCAACAAGCUGCGUAUAGGCAAGAAUAUUGAGGUCAACAAGCUUGUUAAAGGACGGCCAUUGGACAACUUGGAGUUCCUUCAGUGGUUGAAAAGAUAUUGUGAUUCUGUGAAUGGUGGAAUCAUGAACGAAAACUACAGUCCUGUAGAAAGGAGGUCUAAGGGAUGCAAAGAACGUGGCUCAAAGGGCUCCAAUAAGACAUCUAAAUCAUUGCAAGCCAAUAGGCUUCCUGGUGCUGAUUCAGCAGAUGGAGGCCCUGGAGUUGGAAAAGUAUGUAACACUUUUUCUGAAGAGCAUUACAUAGAACAGAUUCAGAAGCUGUCUGAGAAGAUUGCAGAUCUGAAAGUUUCUGUUGAUAGUAUUGAAAAAGAAAGGGACUUCUACUUCUCAAAGUUGCGUGAUAUUGAGAUACUGUGUCAACGGCCUGAGUUAGAGCAUUUACCGAUGACUAAGGCAGUCCGGAAGAUACUUUAUGCAGCUGAUGCAAAGGAUUCACCGCUACCUGAGGCGAACGACAUAAUCACCAAGUCGCCAAGCUUGUUCUCAACUGAAACCGAGUGAGAUGUGCGGCUACAUGAGCUAAUUUUGGUGGUUAUUUUCUAUCAUCGAUCGACGUAGUUCUGGGUCUGUAAAUGGGUAAAAUAACAUUUGACAUGAGUCAUUAUGCAUGUCAAAAACAGUUUUCCUGUAAGAACUUGCUAGUUGCGAGUGGUUAGCUAGUUAUGAUGGAUUCUUGCUCGACGUGACAGUCCCUGUAUGGCUAUAUGUUUCCUCUGGAGAGAGAUUCUGUUCUGUGAUCAAUACUCUAUCUAACUGCUCGUUCCAAUGAAAUUCAUCGAGUCUGUGAUCAAUA